AUGAGCAUGGAUUUUGUGUUUGGCCUACCGAAAGAUAUGGAAGGCAACACUGGUAUUGUGGUCUUCAUUGACCGUUUGAGCAAGACGGCUCAUUUAGCGGCUGUGCCGGACACAGUCGAUGCUGAAGGUACAGCAAAGCUUUUUAUCGACCGUGUGUUUCACCAACAUGGCUUGCCUGUGUCAAUUGUCUCUGAUAGAGAUCCUCGCUUUGCUGGAAAGUUUUGGAAGUCUAUCUUCAAGGUGCUGGGCACUCGGUUGAACAUGUCCACAGCGGAUCAUCCGCAGACCGACGGUCAUACUGAGCGUGUUAACCGCGUCAUCAACGACAUUUUGCGGAGUGUUUGCGCUGAUACGCCUAGGCGUUGGAGCUCAGUGCUCCCUGUUGUUGAGUUUGCGUUGAAAAACGCUGUUCAUGCAUCCACAGGCUUUACUCCGUUCUGUAUAAACGGUCUCACUCACUCACCCCCGCGUUCCGUUAACGCUAUCACUACGUGA